UCCCCCCCCCCGAAAAAAAUAUCCUGGCUACGGCCUUGGAGCUAUUAUUACUGUAAAUGAUGAAAAUAAAACAGCUAAAAAAUAACUGUAUUAUAUAAUAGUUUGAUCAUAAUACAAAAAAGCCGUUAAAAUGUGAAAUCUUUUAUCAAAAAGAGGGAAAUCUUUUAGGAUUAAUAGGAAAUUAGGAGAAAAAAAAGUGGAAACGAUAGUAAUAAAUUCAGCAACCCAAUUUUUGAGUUUUAUUUCUACAAAGCGAAUACAAAAUAAGUUCGGUUAUUUUUUAAAUAUUUUUCAAUGCGGCUUAUCACACAGCAGAAGCGAGGGAGACAGUGAUAAGAAAUGAAGCUGCAGCUUUCCUCUCUCCCCAAACCACCAACGAAACAGGGUUGCACACUAUAAAGUAUGACGCCACCAUUUGGCGGUUUUCAAAGCGCUCAUUCCCUCUCCCGCGCCAAAAGGUGCAUAAGAUGGGAGCUUUUCCCUUCAAUUUAGUCUUGUGACGAGUUCUAUUAAAGUUGCGUUGCAAUGGCUGUGGAAGAAGUAGUCUACUUUAAAACAGUCGUUCUCUCCAAAAUAGUAGCCAAUUACCCAUUUACUGUAAUAGAUAACGAAAAAUCUUCAUCGACCCAGAUCGUAUUAAGAACAGCUCUACAAUCAGGAGAGGAAGCCGAGAAUUUUAAAAAGUUCUUUUCUGAUGCUACGGACACGGCGUGGAUUGUCAAAACACCUGCUUAUUCUGCUAGAUAUAGUUUCUCAAAAGUUUGGGUAUGCCAGCAUUCCAGAAAAAAUAAGAAAAAUUUGAAAGUACAAAAGUAUUCUGGAUGCAAAAGAUGUGCUGAGUGCAAGGCAAAACUUCAAAUCAUUGUGAAAAAAGUCACAAGAGAUACCAUCAAGAAAGAUACCUACCUUCGUCGAAAACCCAUUCUGAGGGGUCUAAUUAGAGUCAAUGUUUGUCAUUCCCACAGUACAGCUUCUGCUGAAGCUUUAAGAAUGCUGAGGGUUAAUGAUGAGGUUAAGAAUUUAUUUUAUGGUUAUUUUUCGAAUGGAAUGACUCGAGCUGAAGCUAUGAGAUUCCAUAAAGAUAAAUACUUAAAAGAAGAAGAUGUUAAAAGUCUAGCGAAUGCUGCAAUAAAUCCUACCAUUAACCAAGUUAGAUAUUUGUAUUGCUGCUGGAAGCAACAUGGACAACCAUCCAAGAAUCCGUCUGACCCAGAUUAUGUGCCAUCAGUAUUUGAUACAAGCAGCAAAAAUACAUCACCAAGAAAAACUUCGACAACACCACCUGCAGAUGAUACUGAAAGUGAUAAGACAACUCAGGUUUGGACUUCAUUGCUGCAGUUGCAACCUAUAACUUCCGAAGCAGGUACAAGUGGCCUCAGUGAGCCUUCAGCGCAAAACCAAAAACCUGAAGAACCCGAAAAACCGAGUACUAAAGCAGCUGUUACUGGUAUCUGGAAGUCUAAAACGAAACCUAAGCCAAAGCCUAGACCAAGAAAAAGACCCAGAACCCCUUCACCACCACCUGCCGAGAGCAAAAUAAUAGAUCCACUGAAGCUAUGCGUAGUCAAGAUGGAAAUCGAAGAUGAUGGCUAUAACCAAAACGAAGAAGAAAGUUUCCUUGCAAGUCUCACACCAAGUUCCUCACAAACAAGUCACAAUGACACUCUUUCAUUUGACAGUGCCUCUUCCAUAAAAACUGAACCAAAUCAAGAGCCAACUAUUUACAAACUAGUACCUACGAUAAGCGAAAGUGCACCGACGAACAGUACUCAACAGGACGUCGAAGUCUUUUUCAAAAAUGUAGCCCAAACUGUUAUGCAAUUGCCCCUACAUCUGAUAGAGGAAACGAAAACCAAAGUUUCAGCUUUGGUGUACGAAAUGGUGAUUCAAGCUAUGCGAGAAGGUUCUACCAACAUAACACAACAUAAACUAUAAAACUUGGGUAAAUAAUAGUCCUGCAUUAAGUUUCAUUUUAAAGUUAAUUGAAUUACAGAUUAUUUUAUAAAGGUUAGAGAGUAUUAAUUUAUUUACACUCUUUGGAAAUCGAAAAAAUGUCUCGAGUUAAGUUAUUUCCCCACUCCCCACACUUUUCCCCACUCUAACGCGAUGAUUUCGACAAGCCUUCGUUUUUCUCCCCUAUCCAAAAAAUAAUACGACUUCUUACUGAAAUAUACUGCCAUGGAGAAAAGCAAGAUUUGCUGAAAUCAUGGUAACAGAGAAGGGAAAAGUGUGGAGAGUGGAUAAAUCGCUUAACCUUUAGUUGCGAAUUUUAUUACAAAGAGUAUAGCAUGAACUUAAUAAAACCAUAUAAAUAAUAGUUAUUUAUAAAACCUUUUAUUCAUUUAAUAAUUGAAAUUUUGUCUAACGCCAGCUUAAUGCUAUACUUACUACAUUUUUAAGUAUUUUAUUGACUUACUAGGCUUCUUUGACAUGGGUUCAUAGUCCGUGGAAUUAACUAAUAACUUUAAUCUUACUAAAGAACAACAAAAAAUUCUUUCGGCUUUUGAUGAACUGAUAAUAAUCAAUUAUUAGUUAAACAUUAUUGAUCAUUUGACACAAUUAAGUUCAAAUUCAUUCAUAUGUAUGUAACAUUUUUUGUAAUGACCUUCUUUAAUAUAAAUAUUUAGAAUCUUUGUCAAAAAUUAAAGCAAAACAAUAUCACUGUAGGAUCACAAAUUGAUAUUCAAACAAAGAAAAAACAAAAACGCAUCUGAAAUCGAAGAAAUCACUACUUUUGAUAUUUUUCAUCUUGGUUUCCUCAAUAGCGGUUUCGUUUUUCCGCUCUUAAAUAUUUAUUAAUUUAAGAUAACUAAUCUAUACUUUCUUGACUUUUAUCAAGGAUUCUAGAAAUAUAUAUUAAUGCAAGACAUCACAAAACAGUCUAUUGCAAAACUGUUUAAAUGUCUUUGAUUUUGCAUAAAUUCUACAUUAUUUGAUUUUAAUAAUAAAAUUUUAAAGUUAAAAACUGAUUUUGUGCGUGAUUAUUAUUGCAAAAAAAUGCAUAUCGAAUGUUCAUGAGGACUAUAUCCAUUAAGUUUAAAAAUAUUGUAAAUUAUUUUUUUCGAAGUUUAUAUCCUAGUUAUAUGCCAUGUGUUUCAACAUUUAUAAGAAUGCCUGUGAUAUUCGAUGUUUUUCACCACUGUUUGUACAAUAUCGUCUGAAUUGUUGAAUUUAAUGUUUUUUUUAAAUAAAGUUUUACAAAUAGUAA